CGAAUGCGCUGGCUGUAUCACUUACCAAGGAAGGGUACGCCGUGCGCGUACGACGGAAGCGGACGUCGCUACCCAUACAGUCAUGCUAUCGAUGGUUAUGCGGCGCAAGUACCUCGUUCAUCUUGACUGCGCCGAGGCUCGGAGUGGGGUACAUUGCCCACGGUGCACAACUUAUCAGGCCGAGCGCUUACAGGGUCACUGUGUAAAGGGGAUCAUGGCAGUAGCUGACUCCGCACUGGCCUGCUUAUCGACUCUCGCAGGCGCCCGAUGCCUCGCAGAGGUGGAGUUGCCUCGAUUUGCUGUAACGCAACGCCGCCUCCUUCUAACCGGUGCCAGCAUCUCAGCGAUGAGGAUAGACGGCAUUACCUUUCUUGCUCCCGGGUCUCACUCAUGGUGUGGCUUGAGGUCAUUGCUAACCACACUUCCAGACGUCCUUCUACACUUUCGUCGGCGCAUACGCGAUCCCGGAACCGGGGGAAGGCUUUCGGUGAGAACAAUCGUGCUCACAACGGCGAACCUUACCCAGAAUAGGCGGUAUUUUGGAAGCAAGGUGGAGGAUCGACGCCUUCGUAUUACACGAACUGCCUUCGUCUCGCAUGACUAUGACUGUUCACCCAUUCAGCUGAACAAGGCCCUCCACUCGACCCCGCACGCUCACGCUCCAACACGUAGCUCUUCGCUCUUCCUCCGGGGCUCCGCUGUCUUCAAGAAGAUGUUCGCUACUGCGAGUCCGUCGCGCAUCGUUCCUUCGUUCGGUCAGGAUCGCACUCUGGAGUGACUAUGGACCGCCUCGGAGCUUUGUGCUGCCCAUUGACCGCCUUAUGUCCGCUUCGAAUUCAUGACCAGCAAAGCUGCGUCUCGGGCGAGGGCGAAGGUCACCAUGCCCGUCACAUAAUACAAGAUGUUGCUAAUGUGGCAGUCUGCUCUCCGCCUGCCGGUCAAACGUAUGCACGUCCCAAAUAUUGCCCGGAUACUGGCGAGGAGAACGGUUGGGAAAUAGAAAACGCACGUCUGCUGGCGAGGGUUCAGAUUACAAUCCUCGUGUGAUGUCUGAAGGACGACAAUGGCCGUAUGUCAGCCUACUUUGAGUAUUGGGCUGACAAUAUUGCAGAUAUAAGCCAGUUCUCCUGUAUGUUCAUUCGUGAGAAUACGACUGCCCACAGGCCAUCGCGCUUGCUGUCAUGAACGGUGAUAUUUUGCCUCAACGUUGUGCUCCCCGUCGCCACCUUGUGGCUUUCGCCA